AUGGAAGCCGACAUCUCUCGUGGCUCUACGCGUCACAAGACAGCGUCGACUCAUCUGACCUCCGGUCCCUUUGCCCGGCUGCCCGACGAGAUCAUCGAACAGAUUCUUCUGGCCACGGAUCCCAACGGCUUCGCCUCCCUCGUCGUCCUCAAUUCCAAGUGGCGCGCCGUCUCCCAAAGAUCGCACCUCUAUCUCCAUCACCUGGCCCAUUGCCCAUCGUACCUCUCGAGCCAUGCAGGCCGCAUCCCUCCCGACCAUGAGCAAUUGUCCCGCCUGCGACGCCUGUUCGCUCGCGAGGUCAAGCGCAGCCUCUUCGACUCGUAUCUGCGGCCCAGGAAAACGAUAGUCAAGCUCGUCUCCAAUUCAAUCAGCUCCUCCUCCUGCCCCGGCGGCGAGGGCAUGCGGUUCGGCGCCUCCCUCAGCGGUCACCACCUCCUUGCCUACAACUCGUCGAGGAUAUACGUCAUCGAUGUCCGUGGCGACGACUUGCAGGUCAAGAGACAGCUCAAGAUUCUGCGCCGCCCCGUCUCGGCUUGCGUCACCGACGACGCCACCCUCCUCGCUGUCCUCUCCACCGAGGUGCAGGUCGACCUCUACGACUUGCAGAGCUCGCCCCCGAAGCGCAAGCGAUCUUUGAUCCUCGACAACUGCCCUCGCACCAUCGCCCUCUCCUCCUGCGGCUCAGUCCUUGCCGCCGCCUACGAAGGGGGCAUCCAAGUCUCCUCCCUCGAUCCCGGCGCUCUCCCAACCGACAGGAGGGCCGUCAAGUGCGAUGCCGUCGAUGCCUUGGCUUUUUCCCCAGACGGCACCCAGAUACUCGGCACCACGACAGAUUCCUCCUCCCCGAGCACCGUCGUCCUCACCGCGCCCUACUACGACCCCGGCAGCCAGCCCGCCGACAGUAACCUCGCCGCAAUGUGGACCACGUCCAUCCUCUUCCCCAAUACCAGCCGAGACUGCAGCCACGCCAUACUGCUACCGCGGGACGGGGACCACGGAGAGCUGGAGUGGACUUUUACCUACGACCGCAGCUUCGAGACCUUUCGUGCUGUUCGCCUCGACGAUUUGCGCAAUGGCACUACUUACUUUACCGGGCCGCUUCCCAAACCGAACUCGCCCUCCAAACUCUUGCCCUGCACCCUCCCGGCCUCGGCCCCCCACGGAGAGCUGGUCGCGGCAGGAUUCCGGGGCAACGAGGUCUGGAUCUACGGAGUUCCCGGGGAUCUAGAAGCUAUUCCCGAGACCGCGGCGACCCACGAUAGCCCACCGGAUCCUUCGGCGAUUGGGCGACACGGCGGUCUUCAAGCCGGCCUCUCCCGUCAUGCCUCGUCAAGAAACAAUUUUGUGACUGGAUGUAAAAUCGCGGAGCUCGCUGGCGUGAGCAACGUCAAGUGGGUUACGGGCUUCGCUGGCUCGACGUCUAGGGAGCGACUCCUCGUCACCGCCCGGGGAGUCUCGGGCCCGCGGCUCGCCACCGAAGAGGAGGACAUCGAUUUUGUGGACGGUGGUCGCAUCGCCCUCGUUGACUUUGACUACAGUCUCGUCGACGGAGAGGAGAGCGAGGUGGUCAUCGAGGUCGGCGCCGACGAGGCCGAGGUGCUCGAGGAGGAAACUCGCGACAUUGCGGCUGAGGUGGCAAUUGUACGGCGGAGGACAGUCGCACAGCGGCAAGGAGCCGGCGACAUCGGCGACGACCCUUUAGUCCCCAGGAUCAUGGGGAAGAACCCGGCGAUCCGUCGCCUCCAGACCUCAGCUGGUUCAGCUGACAGUAGCGACGAAGUGUCCAUGGACGAACUCGAGGCGUUGGACAUACCGUACGAGCACGCCAGUCCUCGCUCCGGGACCACCCUACGCCGCGCUGCCACGGCCGCCGCCGCCAACCGAAGGCUGAACCCGCGAACGGCCGAUGGCCGCCCCAUCGAGUAUCGCCGCGCCGACGGGCGGGCAGAGCAUCCGCACGAGAGCGACGCCGACAACUGGGUUCCCCCUCCUCCGCCGUACCAGAAGGAGGAUCCUGGCGAUCUGCCGGCCUUUUUGCGCGGGCCUUCGGUGCCACCACCAACGGGGCCGUUCAUGCCGCCGCUGCCCCCUUUUCCGUUGCACGAUGGUCGCCUUCCUGCGUCGUUCUCGCCGGCCGGCCAAGGCGCCGAGGCGGAGUCUAGUCGUGGUCAACGCCGCCGGUCUCAUCCCCGACUGGCGAGCGCUUCUACCACCUCGAGUGGGUAUCGGAACGAGGAUCCCCCGCGGCCAACAUCAAGCCCCUCUAUUCACUCAGAGCACAUGGACUUCGACGACAUUUACGACGUCUCUCCCCCGGACAGCCCUCGCCUCUCCGCAUACAUAUGUGAGAGCCAUCAGCCGCCGGGCUCCGCGGGCGCGCCGUCAGAGUCUUUGGCGUCCUCGUCGGCUGAUGCGCCACCGGCAUUUGCACGACCUGCUGCGUCCUCGACAUGGCCAACGACUGGCAGCAAUUCUGACCAGGGCCGUGUGCCGAUAUCGCUGGUCAACGUACAUCAUGUCUCUCUUUCCCACUCGAUGCCAGCGAGCGCCACGGAGCCGUCGCCCAGGCGGCCGUCCAACGCCCAGACUUGGCCGCUGCCGACAACGCCGGAAGAUGUAGUAGCAGUAUCGGCACAGGCGGUGACGGGCCAUACCCCCUCGACGGCUCCGUCAUCCGGCCUUGCGAGCAACGACCUAGCGAUUCUUCCUCCUCCGCCUAGCCUCGAGCAAUUGGCGAGCUUAAAUCGCAGGUCCAGCUUGGGCAAUCCUCGCCGCCUUUCAGGUGGUGUCCGAUCGCAGUCGGAUUUUGCCUGCGUCGAAAGUUCCGCCAGGGGGCCGUGGCAGGAUGAUGGGGAGCAUCGGGGCUGGAGAGGCAAUCAGGACGUGCAGAUACCCGAGUUCGAUCGCCCCUUGAUCAUCAGCACCCCGAAGGGCAUCGCCGGCGCACUGGACCCCCCCGCCUCACGCACACGGGAGCGGCGAGACGAGCCCCAAAUACUGGCGCCUGUCCCACGGCAUCCCCGUCCCACCCACCUGAACCACUCCAACCUGGUCCUGGAGAGCCUGGAGCAGCCGUCGACGCAGGGCGCCCGGGCACACCGGCGAGGCAUCUCGCCCCAGCGGCGACAACGGCGGCUCAGCGGCCUGCCGGUGUGGCUCCGGGCGGGACCGGCGGCGAGCCGGAGCCCCACCACGCCGGUCCACCGGCGGCCCAGCAGGGCGGAGCGCAGCGCGGCCCAGAACAUGAUCGACGCCCGGAAGCGGGGCUGGAAGGGCAAGCACAAGGGCGGCAAGAAGAAGGGCGGCGGCGGCAGGGACGAGGCGUCGAGCAGUGCUGGGUGGACCGACGUGUCCACUCCGUCGGCGUCCAAGGAGAAGAAGUGCGCCGUCAUGUGA